GGGACUGAGAAUGCCCGUGUUGUACUGACACAGUAGCGAUACGGGCUGAGCAGACAUGGAGGCCCGAUUAACGAGAGAGGCCCGUGCUGACACAUCCAGGCCCAGCUAACGGCGAGUCGGAGUGGACUUUGGAGCAUCUCUGGAAUUAUUACGGAUACCAGUCGCUGUAAGGAAAAGGGAAUUUAGGACAGAGGAAGAAGAAAUAGAGGGAGAUCCAUUUCGGGUCUCUGUUGAUUCAACGCAGCCGCCAUUUUGUUGACACACUUGGAAGAAAAAAAAAAUGUGGCCACCACGUUGAUACACACGAAGGGAGGACACAGAGCAAAAUAAUGUGAACACCGUUUCUGAUCGAUUACAGAGUUGAAGGACGGAGAAAGAGGGCUGGACAGCCGAGGAAGGGAGAGAAGCCACCUCAAAACAAGGAGUGCUUCGCCCUCAGCGUUAUCCCCCUCCUCCCUUUUCCCUCUAAAACCUCCCCACUAACAGAAACUCUACCUGUUUUCACAACAUUCUCUCCCUAGUAAAUCUCAACACCCCUUAACGUUCUGAUGGAUCAGAAGAUUCAAGGGGGAACUGCAUCUCCAUCCCCUCUUCUUGCGGGUGCUCCCACAGGGGAGCGGGAGAAGGAAGGAGGGGGUGGAAAGAAAGAAGAAGAAGAGGAUAAGAAGAGAGACAGAGAGAAGGAGGGAGCUGGGACUGUCCCUACAGGAGGUGCAGGAGGUGCAGGAGCAGGUGGGCCAGGAGGUCCUGGCGGUGACCAGUCCCACUUCUCCAUCAAAGAAAGCAGCUUGUCUGAAGGCAAUGUCAAACUCAAAAUAGGCCUUCAGGCAAAGCGCAUGAAGAAGCCCCCGAAGAUCUUGGAGAAUUAUGUGUGCAGGCCUGCCUUCAGGGCCACUGUGAGGCAUACUUCUCGUGGAGGAGGCGGUACUAAAGCGAACCGCGCAGCAGCUACAAGUGAUGGGACAGGCAGUCAGAACCCGAGUCCUACACAAGCCAGGGACAAAGAGAGGGAACAGAGUCCCUGUGUCAACAAACCAGCCUCUUCAGCAACUCCCUCUGCUAAAGCACCUACACCACCUCCACCUGCGCCUCCUUCUGCCAGCACUACCACCCCAUCACCUUCCCAAGUGAAUGGGAGUGCCCCAGCAAAAAAGGGUCUACCAAAGAUUGAUUGCAAGUCUGAUACAAAGCCAGACACAAAGUCAGCCACCACCAUAUCUGAGAGACCCCUUAAUUUGCACCGCUCUCCCCCAGACAGCAAAACACAUCCCUCUGGAAAGAAAACACCCACUCCACAAUCUAACCCCCGGACAGCUUCGCCUUCUCCACCUUUACCUGCAUCAAAAGAACCCAUCUUUGAAGGUGUCAAACCUCCUCAAUACACCUAUAGCACUGAAAGUCAGCGAGACAAAGACAAAAAUGUUCAAAACUGGGGAGCCCCCACGGUCACUGAGAAAUUAGCUCAACUCAUAGCAACUUGUCCACCAUCAAAGACUACUAAACCAAUCAAACCUGCAAAGAUCGAACCGUCUCCCCCUCUCCCCAGCUCAGGCUUCAUGGCCCCCACUGCCAAGCAGCGAGACAGGGCUAUGGCCAACAGAAAUACAUAUUCAAGAAUGGUUCACCUAUCUCCACCACCUCCAGUGUCACGACCGCCUGGUCGGCCCUAUGGUUCUAGAAACAAAGAUAGUGUUUUAGACAGUUCAUCUCCUCUUGCACCUUUGAGAAAGGAGGAUACAGAUGGGGCUGGGAAAUCUAGUAGCAGCAACAACAUCAGCAGCAACAUUAACAGCAGCAACAGCAGUAGUCGCAGCAGCAGCCCAGCACUCUCCUAUGGCAAUAACCGCCUAUCUGCCAUGUCAAAGGACAGCAACACUGACAACAGCAGCAGUAGCAACGCUAAGCCACAGUCACGUCCUACUCACUGCAUACCCCACACCACAUCUUCACCAUCUUGCCCCAUUUCUUCAUCCUCCUCAAUUAACACCUCAGGUGAGCAGAGAACAGUGAGUGCAGUGAGUCAUCUAGGCUCUCCUGCUCCCUCACAAGGACACCAUGGGCGAGACAGUCCUGCCUUAGCAGAGGAGAGUAGUGCAAGUGAGAGGGAGCAGGACGGAGACAGCCCCAGAGACUUAACCAAGUGCCCUCCUCCCACAAUAUCAGGAAAGUCAGAGGGGAAAGACAAGGGGGCUAGUAAUCAAUCACUGCGAGUUGAAAGGGGGAAGAGCUCUAGUCCAAGUAAGCGGAGUCCCAACCGGGACAAUAGUCGACCUGGUCGGAACAGCAGUCCCCCUGAGCCUUUAAGACAAAGGGCACCUUCUCCACUAGAGCCAGAUUGUGAUGAUGAAAGCCCACACACACCUCUUAGAGAUGAUUCUCCUGAUUCAUCCAUAGAUUCUCCCGCAGAGCAGGACAGCAAACCCCUUAAAAAACGCAGAGGAAGGAAACCCCGCUGGUCUCGUUUUAUGGGCAAGAGUCAAAGAGCAGAUGAUGACAGUCCCUUUGACCAGGACAAAACCAACAUGCCUUUAUGUACAAGCUUGGACACAACCCCACCGGCUAAACGACCUGUAGGCCGGCCUCCCAACCCAAAUAAGGUAAAACCAAAUCCUGUGCCACAAAGUCCAGUGUCACACUUCUUCCCAGGCCAACCUAAGAAAAGGGGAAGGCCCAAGUCAAAAAUGCCAAGACUUGAUGCCCCCGCUCGUGGGCGACCCCCAACUAAGCUGGCCCCCUCCAAAGUAUUUUCUUCUUUUCUGAAGUCAAAAGAAGAGCAGGAUCCCCCUGUUCUUCACCCAGAGGUAGACCUCAACCCCCCUAAACCUAUUCCUAGAAAACGUGGACGUCCCAAGCGCCUUCCACCUACUUUACCCCAGGAGAGUCAGCCUCCUACAUUGGCUCCAGAGUCAGGGGAUAUGGGAGAUAAAAAAUUCCGCAGCAAAGGAAAUGGUCAGCUUAUCAUGAAAACUAUCAUAGGCAAGAUCAAUAAGAUGAAAAGUGUGAAACGGAAGCGUAUCCUCAGCCAAAUCCUCUUAGGCCCAAGAACAGAGGAAGCCCCUAAAAGUUCCACAAGCACAGUAGUAGGCAAUGUGGAAGCCACAACCCAGUCACUGUCAUCUCUAGCUGCUUCAUUUGGAGGGAAACUAGGGCCACAAAUUAAUGUAAGCAAAAAGGGUACAAUAUACAUGGGAAAGAGAAGAGGCCGUAAGCCGAAAAUGAUGUCCAAUGCCACAACUUCAACGCCACCACCUGAACCAUUCCUGUCCCCGAGUACCACCUCUCCUCUCCAUCAUCAUCCGUCACAGUCCCAGCAGCACCAGCACCUCUCCUCUUCAGAGGUUUUCCCCUCCCCCUCCCUUUCACAGUCUAGUGGAGGCCACAGUCCCAUCAGCGAUGCCAGCUUUGUGGAACCAGGCUCAGUGCACUUUGGAGGUCACUCUCACUAUUCGAACCCUCAUCACAGCCACAGCUCCUUUUCCUUCCCUCCUCCAACCUUUUCUGCCCCUAAUCCUCGCAACCCAGGGCUGGGCUCAUCAUCAAUGACGUCAGCAGCUUCCCAGAAAAAAUCAUCUUGUCGUGGGUACCAUCACCACCAUCACCAUUACAGACAGCACUAUCACUAUCAUAAACUUUCCCCCCCUAGGCCGCUCCAUCCCACCUCCCCCGCCCCCCUCAGUGAGCUAAAAGAAGCUACUCCAUCACCAGUCAGUGAGUCACAUAGUGAGGAGACAGUGCCAAGUGACAGUGGUAUAGGAACAGACAAUAACAGCACCUCUGACCGUGGUGAGAAAACGGGCGGUGCAAGUGGCUUGGGUGCAAUUGGGAUUCCACCUGGGAUGGGCGGUGGAUUAUUAAUGCCAGGGGUCAUUGGUUCAGCUUUGGGACCAGGGAUGGGCCUUAACUCCAGAGGCAGGCGGCGACACUCUGCUGUGCUUAUGGAACAUCCCUCACCCUCUCCAUCACCUCAUGGAGCAAGGUCAUCCCCCGAUCCCAGAAGACCUCAUCCAGCAGCUCCUGCCUCUUCCCUAAUGGGACAUAAAGAGAAACAUAAGCACAAAUGUAAGCGCCGGAGCCAUGGGUGUCCUGGCUACGACAAGCUAAAGAGACAGAAGAGGAAACGCAAGAAGAAGUACCUUCAGCUGCGCUCCCGGCGACACGAUCCAGACUUUCUCGCUGAGCUUGAGGAGAUUGUGGUGAGACUGAGUGAGAUACGUAUAGCACAUCGUACAACAGGGCAUCGGCUUGGCAGUGGAAUAGGCCUGGCAGCAGGACCAAGUAGAGUUCCAGGCAUGGGGAGCAGGGCCCCUGGCUUAGGAGGAACAACUGGCCCUCCACCACAUCAUUAUGUCCAUAGGGAUCUCCUCCCUACGAUCUUCAGGGUUAACUUUGGUAGUUUCUACUCCCAUCCUGCUUACUCCUGUGACCCACUGCAUUAUGUUCGUAAACCAGACUUGAAGAAGAAACGGGGACGACCUCCCAAACUGAGGGAGUCCAUGUCUGAGGUACCAUUUGUACCUGGGCUUGGAUUCCCACUCUCCAGUGGUGGCUUCUAUCACCCUUCUUACAGCGUCCCCUAUUCCUCUGGGCCCCUGGGGUUGGGCUAUUACAGAGGUUAUCCUCCAGCUAGUGCUCUUUACCCCCACCCACACCACCAGUCACCCCACACGGCCCCAUCACACCACUCCCAUCACUCACCGUCUUUCCCUCCUCCUCCACCCACUUCUUACAUGCACCAUCACCAUCCCUCACAUCUCCUACUAAACCCCUCCAAAUUUCACAAGAAGAAACAUAAGCUACUCAGACAGGAGUACCUGGGAGGAGGAAGGUCCCCUGUCUUGUACCCACCCAUGUCCUCUGAGCUCUCUUUUAACUGGCACCAUAAGCAUAAACACAGACAUAAACACAGAGACCGCUGUGCUGAGGAGGAUAGGGAUGAAGGUGCAAGAGGGGGAUCAGGGAGCCGGGCUAAUGCAGGUAUUUCUGACAGUGGAACAUCAGGGAAGGGAGAUCGAAUUGGCAGUCUGGGUAUGGCAGAAUCUUUGCAACGAUGCCGCUUUGGACGAGACACCUCCAGCAGCGGUGCCAGCAAGCAAGCAGCCACCACAUCAGCCAAUUCUCCCUCUUCUUCUUCAUCUUCAUCUGCAGACAGGUACAAGCGCAAAGAAAGCUCUAUGUCCUGCCUAGGGCCCUCCAGGCUUGCACUAGGCAGCAGCUCAAAAGGCCACCACCCAGUAGAGUCCUGGUUCAGGAUGGGCAGCACUGAGGCAGACUACUCUAAACUUUCACGGAGUCAUGUGGCGCCUGGCCAGGGCCCCUUCUCAGAUGGACGGGCUGAGGACCCAGCGGGUUGCUCAGACAGUGAGGAUGAGGAGCCUCUUACACCCACAGAGGAUGUAGAACCUGGAGCCCACGAUUCUCCUAACCUUACAAAUUUGUUUGCUUCUGCUCUCACCCGCACUACUAUGAAGGGGAGCAGGAACAGAAAGACUGAAGCACCCUCAGAGACCUCCAGCUUUUCUCGCAUGGAUCGGACAAUAAGGAAGGACCGUUCAACAUCAGCAGAGAGGAGAGAGUUAGGAUCAUCAGCUAUUCAGGCAAGAGGUGGUGCCCUCUCAACUACUGAAGGGCCUGAAGGAUCACUGCACCACCGGCAGCAACACCAUCACCAAACAUCUCUGUUUCACUCCCACGGAUCGGCGUCCUCCGCCUGCCUCUCCCCCUCCCAGGACUGCUGCCUGAAUGCCUCCCUGCCCCACCACUCCCAUCGAGCACAGCCAUCCAAACACAGCCUGCACCACGUCAACAAAAUCCUACGUGCCAAGAAGCUGCAGAGACAGGCUCGCACAGGAAACAAUGUGGUGAAGAAGAGGGUCCCUGGGCGUCCUAGGAAGCACCCACUGCCCUCCCCGCCGCCAUCUCCGCCCCCUGUGAUGGAGCUGAGUCAGAACCGGCACAGGGACAGAGAAACUGAGCGGCCGGCAGGGGCCAGAGGGUGGGAAGGGGACACUGUGACAGACGCCAUUGAGUCUGUAGUCCAAGGCCAGCGGAGGAAAGGCCAGAAGAGGAAGCACUGGGAGAGAGAUGGAGAUGAAGAAGAGGAGGAGCUAGAGGAAGGGGAGGUAGAAGAGAGUGAAGAGCGAUUGCCAGAAAGAGAGGAGAACUUGGGCAACCUGGUGCCAAGGGCCAAAGGUGGGACUGGAAGAAACUGGCUUACACAAGAUGAGAUCCAGCACUUUCAUGGCUCAAUGGAAGCCAAGCCAGAUGGCCACUGUUCCCCCGAACGCCCAGGCACCGUCCCCAGGGAACAAGCUCCACCCAUGCCCAUAACCAGCCAACGGGAGAAGAGAGCAGCCCGACCUCCAAAGAAGAAGUUUCAGAAGGCUGGAUUGUACUCAGAUGUGUACAAGACUGAGGACCCCCGGAGUCAGCUACUGCAGCUAAAGAAAGAAAAGCUCGAAUACAUACCUGGAGAGCAUGAGUAUGGAUUGUUUCCGGCACCAAUACAUGUUGGGAAGUACCUGAGACAGAAGCGCAUUGAUUUCCAGUUGCCUUACGACAUCUUAUGGCUGUGGAAACACGAUCAGCUUUACAAGAGGCCUGAUGUCCCCCUUUAUAAAAAGAUCAGAUCCAAUGUCUAUGUAGAUGUGAAGCCUCUUUCUGGUUAUGAAACAACAAUGUGCAACUGCAGAACUCCUGAGGACCACACUGAAAAAGGCUGUCUGGACGAUUGCCUAAACAGGAUGAGCUUUGCAGAAUGCUCUCCCAGCACAUGUCCAUGUGGUGAUCAGUGUGACAACCAGCACAUCCAGAGACACGACUGGGUCCAGUGUCUGGAGCGGUUCCGUGCCGAGGGCAAGGGGUGGGGCAUCCGCACCAAGGAGUCUCUGCGCUCUGGACAGUUUAUCAUUGAGUACCUGGGAGAGGUGGUUAGUGAGCAAGAGUUCAGGAGCCGUAUGAUGGAGCAGUACUUCUCCCACAGUGGCCACUACUGUCUGAACUUGGAUAGCGGCAUGGUUAUUGACAGCUACCGAAUGGGCAAUGAGGCUCGCUUCAUAAACCACAGCUGUGAACCCAACUGUGAGAUGCAGAAGUGGUCAGUGAAUGGUGUGUACAGAAUUGGUCUCUUUGCUCUCAAAGACAUCAGCAGCGGUACUGAGCUCACCUACGACUACAACUUCCAUUCCUUCAACACAGAAGAGCAGCAAGUGUGUAAGUGCGGCUCAGAGAGCUGCCGGGGCAUUAUCGGAGGGAAGAGCCAGCGCAUUAACGGCCUGCCCGGGAAGACAGGAGGGACCCGGCGGCUGGGGCGACUAAAAGAGAAAAGGAAGUCCAAACACCAGCUCAAAAAACGAGAAGAAGAGUCAAGUGACAGCAACAAGUUUUACCCUCACCUCAUGAAGCCUAUGUCCAACCGAGAGAGGAACUUUGUGCUGAAGCACCGAGUGUUUCUCCUGAGGAACUGGGAGAAGAUGAGGGAGAAGCAGGAGUUGCUGAAGAGAGAAGGAGAAAGAGAAAGGGACACCAGCAGCCUGUCCAUGUACACCCGCUGGGGAAGUGUAAUCCGAGACGACGGCAACAUUAAGUCAGACGUGUUCUUGACGCAGUUCUCGGCCCUGCAGACGUCGCGAUCGGUCCGCACACGGAGGCUCGCUGCUGCCGAGGAAAACACGGAGGUCACACGCACUGCUCGCCUCGCACACAUCUUCAAGGAGAUAUGUGACAUGAUCACCAGCUACAAAGAUUCAGCUGGCCAGACGCUUGCUGCUCCACUGGUAAACCUCCCAUCCAGAAAGAGGAACAGCCAGUACUAUGAGAAAGUGUCGGACCCUCUGGACCUGAGCACCAUCGAAAAGCAAAUCCUCACCGGCCACUACAAGACUGUUGAAGCGUUCGACACGGACAUGCUCAAAGUGUUCCGCAAUGCUGAGAAAUACUACGGCAGGAAAUCAUCAGUAGGCAGGGAUGUGUGCCGGCUGCGAAAAGCCUACUACAGUGCUCGCAAUGAGGCUGCUGUCCAGAUCGAUGAGAUAGUGGGCGAGACUGCCAGCGAGGCCGACAGCUCAGAUUCGCUGGAGCGCGAUCAUGGCCAUCACCAUGGAUCGGGCGAGCCAGGUUCCCAUGACAAGGACGACGAUGUCAUCCGUUGCAUCUGUGGAAUGUACAAGGACGAAGGCCUGAUGAUCCAGUGUGAAAAGUGCAUGGUCUGGCAGCACUUUGACUGUAUGCGGCUAGAGACUGAGGUGGAACACUACCUGUGUGAGCUGUGUGAACCUCGGCCAGUGGACAGGGAAGUUCCAAUGUUACCACAGCCCAGCUACGCACAGGCCGGCUCCAUCUACUACAUCUGCCUCCUUAGAGACGACCUGCUGCUACACCAAGGUGACUGUGUGUAUCUGAUGAGAGACAGCAGACGCACACCUGAGGGCCAGCCUGUCAGGCAGUCUUACCGUCUCCUGUCUCACAUCAACCGAGACAAACUCGACAUCUUCCGAAUUGAAAAACUCUGGAAGAAUGAAAAGGGUGAGCGGUUUGCCUUUGGCCAUCAUUAUUUCCGUCCUCAUGAGACACACCAUUCUCCAUCACGGCGGUUCUACCAGAACGAGUUGUUCCGCAUGCCCCUGUACGAGAUCAUCCCUCUAGAGGCAGUGGUGGGAACCUGCUGUGUCCUCGAUCUUUACACGUACUGCAAGGGACGGCCAAAGGGUGUGAAAGAGCAAGACGUCUACAUUUGUGACUACCGCUUGGACAAGUCGGCUCACUUGUUCUACAAGAUUCACCGGAACCGCUACCCAGUCUGCACCAAGCCAUAUGCCUUCAACCACUUCCCCAAGCGGCUCACACCCAAAAGAGACUUCUCGCCCCACUAUGUUCCUGACAACUACAAGAGGAAUGGUGGCCGCUCAGCGUGGAAGAGCGAACGACCCAAAGGAGAGGGAGGCUGCGAGGAUGACGGCUCCUCCUGCGACCGUGGCGACGACUUCCCACCCGAGGCUGAAGACGGGAGAGGAGUGGAGGACGACAUGGACAUGGCUCCUGAGGAUCCUGAGCUUCUCUCAGGCAAGCCCAGACGAGUGUCGCACGGGAAGGGAGACGAGGAUGAAGACGAGGAGGAGGAGGAAGAGGAAGGGCAGGAACCCGAGAAGCGCAAAGAGAUGGAGGACAGCUCAGCAGAGAGGAUAGGAGAGAUGCUGGAGCUCCCGUCAUCAUCAGCCUCCUCACCGUUACACCACCCGGCGCUGGGCCGGAGGGAGGCCCAGAGGGAGCGGCUCAACAAGAUUUUGUUGGAUCUGCUGCACAGAACACCCAGCAAGAAUGGUGAGGGACCGGGCACGAAGCAGGGGGCCAUAGAUGUCACUUAUCUCCUGGAGGAGGGUGCAGGGCGGCGGCUACGGCGACGGACGCUUGGAUUCGGUGAUUUUGUGGGCAGAAAAUAAUGUUGCUACGUGCCUGGCAAGCACUCAGCCUUUUCACUUUAUGAGCAAGGGGCAGAAAAUGGAGAGACAGCGAGAAGGGAAAUGAGCAUUGUUGGCUAUCCGACCAUUAAGGACCACAAUGCGUCCCUGGGGGCCUCUUCCAGUUUACCUCUUCCAAGACUGUCAUCUCAAUCUGAGAGGGUAGGGUGGGGUGGGGGUUCGGAAGCGCUGACUCCAUGGCAAUUUCAGCUUUUCAGGAGUACUCAAGGAGCGCCAAGAGAGAGCUGACCCAGACUUCUUGCUUAUUUAUUAAUAUGAUGCAAAAACUGUUUUUAAAAAUGAACAUAGGAGAAAUAACCCAUGCACUUAAAUGCAUUGAACUUUUCAGACAUGGGCGAACAAAUUCCGAUAGCAAGCAUCAGAAAUGAAACAAGUGGUACUGCAUAGGGAUGGAUAGAGGGAGGAGUUGUUUCAGUCAGUGUGAAUGAGAAUGCUGGAGAAUUGUUCCCCCUAGUGGGAACUUGCUGCAAUGACAAAAUGUAACAAAUGAGAAGAGAUCUGCGCCAGGACUGGAGAAAUAAAAAUGGCAUAGGAGAAAUGUAAGAUGAGCAGUGUGCUCAGAUGCUGCUCAUGAGUCAAGGGUGGUGAACUGCACUUUUGGUACCAUGGAUAUUGUGAAGCUCUGUGUAAUGUAUCUAUAAUGGAAACACACUAACACUCACAGUAUUGGAUGAUGCAGUCUGAAAAAAGUAAGUUAAAAAAAAAAAGUCUAUUAUCUUUUUCCUCUUAUACUGUAACUCAUUUAGGAACAGAGGGGGUCAUGGGGAGGGUAGGGGCUCUGUUUGUUUUUAGAGUAAGGGAGGGUGGAGUGUGCGCUUUCGUCAGUUAAAGUGUCUUGUUGAGGUUUUAAUUUUUUUAUUUUUUCGUGAGGCAGUCAGCUUCGCCCCUCUUUUUGAAGUAACAUGAUUCACCAGCUUAACUAAAUCAGGCGGGGGGACACUGGCUUUAACUGUACCGCCUUACACAGCCGUGCUCUCCAACUGCCUUGCGUGAGAGUGUGCGUGCGUGCACACUUAUUGUGUGUCUGUACUCUGCCAGAUUUCUUGAAGAUAUACCUUUUUAAAAAAAAAAUGAAAAAAAAAAUUUAAGGGCUCGAUGGCAAUUAACAGUUUUAAGAAAACUAUGGAAAACAAUACUUAACAUGAAAUGUAUCGUGAUGGUCAUAUUUUCUUAUAUUCUGUGAUACGGGUGGGCGGUGUAUACUGUAUAUUGGGAAGGGAGGGGACUUCAGAUUUUUUCUUUUCUUGUCUUUCGACUAUGUUCCUGAUUGCCAUGGAGAAUGUUUUAAAAGAAAUUGUGAUAUUUGAUGAGAUUUCUUUUUUCCCCAAAAUGCCUCUGCUAAAAAGGGACACCCUGCAAUGUCCCAGUGCGGUAAACUGACAGAGAAAUGAUGAGAAUGAGACACUGACAGAGGGCGAGAGGGAAAAGGAAGCUGUACAGUGCCAAGUUAUGUAUAUACACACACUUUACAUUGAGGAGUGUCUCCAAAAGCAAUAUCUUGAAAAUGGAUUUUGUUUAUUAUUGUACUGUACAGAACUCAGCCCUAAAUGUAUUAUGAUUAUUAUAAUAAUGAUAAUAUUAUAAUUUCUUCCGUUUGUAUUACUAUAAUGAAGACACUUAAGCUCGGAGGAAAAUGAUUUUUUUAAUGUCCAUAAAAUCUCACCAUAGCUGUCCUGACGACAUAAAAACUUAAGCUGAGUUUUUGUUGCCUAUAAAUGAAAUUCAUCUAUGUACUGCAUGAGCGAGAAGAAUGUCAAACGGACACAGAAGGCAUUGGGACAUGACAGUGACUUAGCAACGACAUCUUUGUCACUGAAUAUUGUUAAUAAUAUAACUUUUAAGGAGAAAAUGUCCUCCUUGUUUUUUGCUGCAAAGUGUUGAACACUAAAAAAACAAACCAACAUAAAAAUGUUAAGAUAUUUUUAAAUGGUGACAGAAACAAAAGUAAAGCUGUCAGCCCGAUAUCAUGUUUUAUUUUUUCUUUUCUUUCAAAUAGGAAAUGGUUCCGUUUUGUGAUAGCAGUCAUUGUAUGAUGCUUGUACUUGUAUUUGUGUGUUUUGUGUGAUUCGUUUAGUUAUUUUUAGACAAUCACAAAAUAAGAUGCAAGCAUUGUAAAUGGCAGACUGGCAGACAUUUUGUGAUGUGUACAGUUUGUCAAAAACUUCUUCCACUCGUUAAAAGUUUGUAAUUAUGAUUCUUAAGUCAUGAAAAAUGCUGUUGGUUUUUACUUUUUGUUUUAUAUUUGUUUUUUGUUUGUUUGUUUUUUUAAUAAAAAGCACUACAUUAUUGUGAAUACA